UUGCACUAGCAAAAAUUUCAAUUUUCUCCUAGAUUCCCUCGCAGUUCUCGUCGCGCCCUAUAGGGUUUCUCCCCUCGUCCCCCCCCCCCCCCCCCCCCCCCCCCCCCCCCCCCCCAACCCCCCAAAAAAAAAUCCGGUCGAUCCUAGCUCGCGAUGUUCUCCGGCACCGGACCCUCCGGCGGGGCAGCCCACUCUACGUCCACCGGUGGUGGGGGUGGCUCGCCUUCCGACAGGGGCGGCCCCGCGCCCUCGGCCUCGGCGUCGGUCUCCACGCCAGCCAGCGAGAGCACCGUCGCCCGCCGCCUAAACGGACUUGACCCCCACGGCGACGACGCUCCAUCGUCGCAGCCAGCCACGAGCAAGAAGAAAAAGAGAGGGGCACGAGCAGUUGGUCCUGACAAAAAUGGCCGUGGAUUGCGUCAAUUUAGCAUGAGAGUAUGUGAGAAAGUCGAAAGCAAAGGGAGAACAACCUACAAUGAGGUGGCAGACGAACUGGUUGCUGAGUUUUCAGAUCCCAAUAUUAAUAUUGACUCUCCAGAUCCUGAUAAUUCGUCUGCGCAACAAUAUGAUGAGAAAAAUAUCCGAAGAAGAGUUUAUGAUGCGCUGAAUGUCCUAAUGGCUAUGGAAAUUAUAUCUAAAGAUAAAAAGGAAAUACAGUGGAGAGGUCUGCCCAAGACAAGUAUGAAUGAUAUUGAAGAACUGAAGACAGAGGUCAAUGGACUGAAAGGUCGGAUUGACAAGAAAAAUGCAUAUCUGCAGGAUUUACAAGAUCAAUAUGCAUGUCUGCAAAACUUGGUUCGGCGAAAUGAGCAGCUAUAUGGGUCAGGAGAUGCACCUUCCGGUGGAGUGGCCUUGCCAUUUAUACUAGUUCAGACACGUCCUCAUGCAACUGUAGAAGUGGAGAUAUCAGAAGAUAUGCAGCACGUGCAUUUUGAUUUCAAUAGGGCUAGUUUGGAAUCUCAAAUCCCCUCUGGGAUUGGAGGGGAUUGAGGAGAUUUGUGUUUCCAAACCAGCAUUCAAGCACUCCAUUUGAGUUGCAGGAUGAUUCAUUUGUACUGAAAGCAAUGGCAUUAUCUGGCGAAGAAGCUGAUUGUACCCAAGCUCCUGGUGCGAAUGGAGGCGAGUGCUCAAGUACACGGAACAAUUAUUGGCACCACCACCAACAACCGCAGCCUCCAGGGCCAAGAGUAGUUAGGGUACCAAACUCGCCUCCUAUUCCAGGGAUACUAAAAGGGCGUGUCAAGCAUGAACACUAGGCUUCAAUAUGCUUAGUGGUGUCAAAUGAGCUAUUUACUUUAUUGUCCCCAGCUAGUUUUACCUGUAGAAAAUGCAUGUAAAUUAUGCCUGUAGGGGCAGCCGCAGUCUAAUUUGACUUCGCUGAUGGAUAGUUCGAUUUGUGUCAUGAUAUGCCAUACGCCUAGCUCACGUUAACUCCUAGUAUUCAGUUGUUUGGUCGAGGAAAAGAGUCUGUGGUUAAGUGUAAUUGUGUAGUUUAUCUUCAAACAGUCGGCAUAUCGUAUCUAUGGGACGAUUUGAGGAACAGUGUUGUCAGUACACUCCAAUUGAUAUACAAUAAAAUGCAAAUGUUUGUUUACA